CAGCCUUGCAGCGUCUCCGGAAGUGGAGGCGUGAGCGGCAGGGCAGUGCCUGCUUGGGGUAGCGGGAGGGCAGACUCUGGGCACCACUCCCGGGCCGGUCAUGAACGGGCCGGCGGACGGCGAAGUGGACUACAAAAAAAAAUACCGGAAUCUGAAGCGGAAGCUCAAGUUCCUCAUCUACGAGCACGAGUGCUUCCAGGAGGAGCUGAGGAAAGCGCAAAGGAAAUUACUGAAGGUGUCCCGGGACAAGAGUUUCCUCCUAGACCGACUUCUGCAGUACGAGAACGUGGAUGAAGACUCUUCGGACUCAGAUGCCACUGCAUCAUCGGAUAACAGCGAGACAGAGGGGACACCCAAGUUGUCUGACACACCGGCCCCUAAGAGGAAGAGAAGCCCUCCGCUGGGGGGGGCCCCCUCUCCCUCCAGCCUCUCCCUGCCUCCUUCAACAGGGUUUCCCCUUCAGGCCUCCGGGGUCCCCUCCCCAUACCUGAGCUCGCUGGCCUCCCCCCGCUACCCCCCAUUCCCUUCUGACUACCUGGCCCUGCAGCUGCCCGAGCCCAGUCCCCUGAGGCCCAAGCGGGAGAAACGGCCCCGCCUGCCCCGGAAACUCAAGAGUGCGUGCUCUGGCUGCAGUGUGGAGGAGCUGGAUCUGGGAGAGGCUGCAGGCAGGGAGUCCAGUUAGGAGGCUGGGACCGCAGCCCAGAUGGCGGUGGGACCCCCCGACUGCCCUGUGGGAGGGCCGCUGACCUUCCCUGGCCGGGGUUCUGGGGCUGGGGUCGGGACAACCCUGACCCCCCUCCCACCCCCCAAGAUGCCCCCCCCCACGAUCCUGAGCACGGUCCCUCGGCAGAUGUUCAGCGACGCAGGUAGCGGGGACGAUGCCUUGGAUGGAGACGAUGACCUGGUGAUCGACAUCCCGGAGUGACCACGACAUCACGCCAUGCCCACCAUGGCCCCACCCGGCGCCCUCCCUGUGCCAGCACACACAAGCCCAGCUUCCUCGGAGGUGUUUAUUGACGCCCAGCUGCCAUGCUCCGGCCACUGACACAACCAGAAAAGGCGUAAACAUGCACGGGUGUCCCCCAGGAGGGUGGCAGGGGCCCUGCCUUCAAACCCCGGCCUGCUCCAGGGGACAGUUAUUUAAACGAGUGGCCGGGAGCAUCUGCCACCUGCUGGGGAGGCAGAGACCCUGCGAUGGCCACCUCUUUAAAAGGGCAGCUGUACAGGGCUAGGUUUUUUCAGUGAAGUUUCUGUAUUAAAGGA